AUGUCGAAGAGGUCAGCGCCGUCGGAUGAAAAGGAGGUGGAGGUGCUUAAGAAACCCCGUUUCUCCAUAGCCAACAUUCUAGACGAAGUUGAUGACGAGGAGGAGGAAGUUGAUGUGGAAGAUGACGUGGAAAUUGAGAUUAAGACACCAGAGAAGACAUAUAGGGGCAGGCCAAAAAUUGGGGCGAAGAUGAAGGAAGGAAACCUUCCCAUCGAGUGUAAACUAGAGGGAUCCGAGUUAUGGGCAAAGUUUUUCGAUUUGGGAACGGAGAUGAUUAUAACGAAGAGUGGAAGACGAAUGUUCCCCACAGUCAAAGUGUCGUUCUCCAAUGUGAUGCUCGAUGCUCUCUACUAUAUUUUCCUGGAUGUGGUGCCGGUAGACUCGAAAAGAUACCGUUACAUCUACAACAAGUCCGCGUGGCUCACAGCGGGAAAGGCGGAGCCAGUGCCCAAAAACCGAUAUUAUCUGCAUCCGGACUCUCCGUUCACCGGUGAUCAGUUGCUGAAACAUGUGAUCUCAUUUGAAAAGACUAAAUUAACAAAUAACGAGGUCGAUAAGACAGGACAUCUAAUCCUCAACUCGAUGCACAAAUACCAGCCACGUAUCCACAUUGUCCAAAGGCUGAAAUCCAAUCCUCUGGACCCGAAUAAAUUUGUGAUGGCCGAUGAGCAACACUGUACUUAUACAUUCCCGGAGACUCAAUUCAUGGCGGUCACUGCUUAUCAGAAUCAGUUGAUCACCAAACUGAAAAUCGAAAAGAAUCCGUUUGCCAAAGGGUUUCGGGAUCCAACUGGAAGGUCUCCGGAUGAAAUGGAACGCUCCCCGGGCGACAUGUCCCCCAUGAUGUUAUCCAACUUCUACCACUCCUCGGCCAUCCAACAAGCAAUGUUCCAACAGUGUAUAAAUAAGACUCUCCAACUGAAUCCCUCAAUCAUGAUGCUCUAUCAAAACGUCUUUCCAAAUGGGGCGAUGGGUACAGUACCCACCGCUACAGUACUCCCCACAGCGAAUCCCGAGAUUUCUAUAAAGUGA